CACCUUGUGGUGACACGCAGGCAACAACAACAACACUACAACAUUGUUUAUUGCAUGAGAAACCCACAUAAGACCACACAAACAGCUGACACAAUGCUGUGUUGUUGAGUUUGUACCCCAGCACUAGGGCACAGGAUAUUUAAACACAUUUUCUGUCUUUGGAGUUGAGAACAUUUUGCAAUGGCUUGAGUCUUUCAGCGUCAUCAGAGGUGCUCACACCAAGCCGUGCUCACACACAUAAGAGCAGUUUGACCGAUUUACACAUCGCGUGCGAACUAGCCGCUUCUCGUGACAGCGGGACAGAUGCUUCUCAGGCAAAUGCUGCCUUCACUGCAGGAAGUGUAACCAAGCAGCACGGCGCAUGCUCUCCAAACCUCUCCGACAAGCUGAGGAUGAAUUAUCUCCUGCUGUAAAGCGCUCAGUGGGGAGGGGUGAUGGCGGGGGCUGAGGUCACUGUGUCUUCAGGGGAUCUCAUGAUGCUGAAGGAAGACGAAGGGGAGGCCAGUGGCAGCAACCAUAAGACUCAAGUCAUCCUGCACCUGCAGCCCAUCCUGCAUGGGGUGAACGAUGACAUUGCUGAUACUGGAACGACAGUCUUGGCCAUAGAGACACACCAUGAAGACAGUAAAGAAGAAGGAGAGGAGAUCGAGUAUGGCUACCCCAUCACAUGUGGAGACAGCAGAGCCGUAUUACUGUUUAAGAAGUUUGUGUGCCCUGGAAUCAAUGUGAGAUGUGUCAAAUUCAAUGACCAGCUCAUCAGCCCUAAGCAGUUUGUACACCUGGCUGGGAAAGCCACCCUGAAGGACUGGAAAAGGGCUAUAAGACUGGGAGGGGUAAUGCUCAGGAAAAUGAUGGACUCCGGCCAGAUAGAUUUCUACCAGCACAACACCGUGUGCAGCAACACCUGCCGCAGCACUAAAUUUGAUGUGCUGAUCAACAGUACGCGGCCUCCUCCUGGGGCCUCCGUGCAGCCCAGCACGUCGUGUCUGCCUGUGGACGCUCUCGGAGGACAGGUGCCUCCACUGACAGGGGAGCGUGUGCAUGAUGCAGCCGAGGUAGAGGAGCCUUCUGAGGAGAAGUUCACCGCAACAGCAGAGUGGAGUUCUGGUCGAGCCCGGCCUGUAGUUUCCACAACAGCCAAUGGACAUGCUGCAAAAAGAAAGAGGGCUGACACACCUGAUGGAGUUCUGAGCUUGUGGCAGGGGGUGGCAGACUCUGGGCUGAUGGGGGAGGUCCUGUCCAGUCUCCAGACUGAAUUAUUAGGCACUCUUAAAGGAGUGGAAGCUCGCAGUGAGAAAGCCAACCUGCAGGAGACAGAUGCCGUCAUCCUUAAUUCCCUAUGUAAGAUGUUUGGACUUUUAGACUCAGUGAAGCAAGCUCUGAACCUGAAGCGCCACAACGAUGAGGACAACAAAAUUCUUCACAAUGUUUACGUGUUGGAAGAUAUUUUGGAGGACCAGAGGAAACAGGGUUUUAAUAAAUGCCCCUCCAUGAAACACAUACGACAUCCAUGUCACAACUCGUCAAACAGCCAAUCCCACAACCUGCUGUCCCCCAUCAAAACAAGCCCGGGGAUCCAGCCUCUCUCUGCUUCUGGUUUAUCUGCCUCAUCUUACACUCAGCUCGCCAUCGACCCUCAGGUCUUCAGCCAUUCCUCUGCCUCCGCUGGCUGGGUUCACCGUGCCGGAGCCGGCAGGAUAGACAGAGACUGCCAAAGUGCUGAGCUGGAGCGGGAUCAGGAGCUCAGUGAGAUGAGAAAACGAAAGAAGCUUCACAGACGUGGACAGGAGGAGACAUCAGGGAUCCACAAAGAGCCUGGACAGAGGACUAUUAGGUUUCACACAGAUUCUCACCCUAGAAGUCGGGUAGGAGAGGAGACAGAGGGAUUGCAUGACAUUGAAAAGGUGGUGAUAGGGGAAAAGGUUUCAAAGGAACAAAGAAGUAAGUGAGUGUAAGAUGAUGAUGACUACGGAAGCACUAAGUGGACUCACAUAAUACAUCUACUCUGUUUUCCCGUGGUAACGAGUCAUUUUUAGUUGUUUUCUCGAGAUGUCAAAUUAUUUAUCGCGUAUCCUCAGAGUUGCAAAAGCACAAAACAAACAGAAAGUUUAACUUACAUAAUUUGUAUGGAAAAUGGCAUGUCAUGGUAUGAUGUAUCACAGUGGCCAGCCUAUUGUUUUGGUUUCUAGAUCUCCAGGAAAUAAUCCCGUUAUCACAGAAAAUAAACUUUGCUAUCUCAAGAUAAUGAGAAAAAACAAGUUAAAAUCUUAAGAAAACAACUGAAAUCAACUGGUUAUCACGUGAAAAUAAGUAAUUCAAAUGUAUGGAUGCAUGUCGGCCACUUAGGACUUCUACAGAUGUCCUCAAAGGGAAGCUAGCUCAGGGAGGGAAUGUGCCUGAGACCUGGAGACUAGACAGGCAAGAUAUUUAAAAUAAACAGUGUACUUUGUCACACAUACUAUACUUUUUUUCUUGUAUAGUCAACCAUUUUUACGAGUGAUUUAUUGUUUAAACUGCAAAAAAAAAAAAAAAUCACUGAACCUACUUUUCAAUGUGCACAUUUGUAUGUUUCUUAGCAAAAAACAGAAGUCAACAAAGCUACACUAUUUUGCAUGUUUUUUCAAUACAAAGCCAUCUUAUUAAGCUCUGGGAAAUUGCAAUCUGUAUUUUUUUUAUUGUAUCUUUUAUAUAGCUAAAGUAAUUAAGCAGUUAAAAUGACCAUGGAAGUGACUGCUGGGUAACCCUCAAACACAGGCUUCCCUCUGUUACAAACCAGGUAUUUUGAAAAAAAAGUAUUUUAAAUUUCAUUUUUACGACACUUUAGGUCUGUAAAUAUAAUAUUUGGUUGACUUUAUGUGAGUGUAUUCCCCCUUGUCUUAAGAUGGUUGGCAACCUUUUUCAGAUUUUGUUACUAUUUCCUCAAACUUUUCUAAUCAAUUUCUUUAUACUAUUUGUAAUUGGAAAUACGUAUUUGGUGAAUCACUCGCGUGGGUGGGAUUAAAUGUUAUCUGUUUUUUGUGGAAAAAAAUCUCCCACUCAGGCUUUUAUCUCGGGUUACGGUAUAAUGCCUCAGACCUGCCUCAGAUGUAUGCACGAGACUAUCACGGUCUGAAUAAUAGACGAUCCUUCGUUUUUUUUUUAAGUGAAAACAAUGUAAAGUAAGUCCUGUGACUGGUGAUGUGCUGUUACUUUAAACAGGGUGCUGUUAACGUAUGUGCUGCAAAUACAUAAACGUGUGCUUUUUU